AUGUCGUCACCACCGCCAACACCUCCUUCGACCGACCCUUCGUCAGAGGAAAACUUCAGAUUUCACCAAGCUGGCACGCCAUGUGAAUGGUCAGAGUCAUAUCAUCCUGGAGGAUUUCAUCCAGUUCAUUUUGGUGAUGUUUUCGACGGUCACUACGAAAUUAUACGAAAGCUUGGGAACGGCUCAUUCGGAACUGUCUGGCUUGCUUUUGAUAUGUCAAAUAAUCGUUACGUUGCUUUGAAGAUCGAGGUAGCCAAACGAGAUGAACCAAAUGAAGUGAAGAUCCAACGCCUUCUCGCCGAAAGGGUACCAGAGGACCCGUGCUCAAGAUUUGUCGUGGCCCUACUAGAUUCGUUCUACCAUGACGGCCCUAAUGGAAGACAUCUUUGUCUUGUACUCGAACCCAUGGGUCCAAGCUUGUCCUCCGUCCUCAACGCCCCCGCCGAAAUUUACGAUCCCCGGAACCCACCUGUACGACGCUUUGCAAAGGAUAAAACCAAACGCAUUUUACGACAAGUGCUUUCAGGGCUACAGUUUCUCCAUGAGAAUGAAAUAGUUCACGGCGAUCUUCAGUCUGGCAACGUUCUCUUCGCUCUGCAGGACCUCACUCAUUUCGAGCGCCAGGUGCUCAAGCAAGCCGAGGACACAACGAAUAUCGACCAUUUGCGGCGCAUUGAUGGCAAGCCUGACAAAUGGGCUCCCAAAUACCUGGCUGUGUCUGAGCCAUUGUCGGAAUUCGCGCUUACAGGGCUAGAUGAAGUGACGAAGCUUUCGGACUUAGGUGGAGCUUUCCCCAUAGACGAUCCUCCGCGCUCAGUUGUGACUCCAGUGUCUUUACGAGCACCUGAAGCAAUCCUGAACGAAGCCUUCGGCACAGGGAUCGACAUUUGGAGUUUCGGUUGCCUCGCCUAUGAACUCAUCACAGGCGCGGCGCUAUUUGAGCUCCCACCUUUCGGUCUUAGCGAUCAAGGUAUCAAGGAUGAGCACCUGAUACAGCUAACUGACAUCAUUGGAUCGCUGCCAGAAUGUCUGUUAGCAAAAUGGCCGAAUGCAACGAAGUACUAUGGCUCGAAUGGAGACCGACUUGAUGCGCGCCCAAUGGACUUCGAAGAAGAAUUCUCCGAGGACGGGGAUUCCGAUGACAGUCUAUCAAAUCGCGAAGCGGACGAAUUUGGUGAAGGUGGUGAUGACAUGGAUGGAUUUCAAUUCGACGUAGGCGAGCGCGGACCGCCCCAACUUCAUGAGACUCUGGAGAAGCUUAUAAAGGCCCACAAGGCAGAGGAUGUGGACGAUGAUGAGGAAAAGCAGAUCAUUUGUAUGCUGAGAUCUAUUUUCCAGUACGAUCCUUCGCAUCGCCCCUCAGCAGCAGCUUUACUCCAGGAUCCUUGGCUAGCUACCCCGAUUUCAGCAGGAGUAAGCCAGGGAGAAGCGGACAACUAG